AUGUUCAAAGGGCAAGGAAGCAGCAGCGAAUAUGAGGUGUUAGAGGAAAUUGGACGCGGGUCGUUUGGGUGUGUUCGAAAAGUGGUACACAUUCCGACGAGGACUGUGAUGGUCAGAAAAGAGAUCAAGUAUGGGCAUAUGAAUCAGAAGGAAAGGCAACAAUUGAUUGCCGAAUGUAAGAUUCUGUCUCAUUUACAGCACGAUAACAUUGUCAGGUUCUACUCUUGGGAUUUCAACGAGCAGAUGCAAAUUCUUUACUUGUAUAUGGAGUAUUGCUCGCAGGGUGAUUUACAAAAUUUAAUAGCCACCUACAAGAGUGAGCGGAAAUAUAUACCUGAACAAAUAAUCUGGAAUAUUCUUACUCAGCUUCUGUUGGCUUUAUACAGGUGUCAUUACGGAGAAGAUUUGCAGCCACUGAACACCAUAUACGAUAGAAUGAAGAAACCUACCAUCAAGAAGGAUACAAACAUAGUAAUUCAUAGGGAUAUGAAACCUGGAAACGUGUUCCUCAACGGGGAAAGUAACGACUCCAGUGGGGGUGGGAACAGUUGGGAUGGCAAGAAGAACGAUAGUGCUGGUGUGGUUAAGUUGGGUGAUUUUGGUCUUGCAAAAUCCUUAGGGAACAGUGUUCAGUUUGCUACGACAUACGUUGGCACACCUUACUACAUGUCACCAGAGGUACUACUUGAUCAGCCGUACUCACCACUGAGUGACAUUUGGUCUCUUGGGUGUGUGAUAUACGAGAUGUGCUCCUUGCGUCCCCCCUUCCAAGCAAAAACGUACAUUGAUUUACAGAACAAGAUUAAGUCAGGUAAAUUUGAGAACAUACCAGACUAUUACUCUGAUGGGUUAAUGUCCAUUAUAAAGAGUAUGAUCCAAGUGGAUAUGAGGAAUCGGGCAUCCACGUUCGAAUUGCUACAAGAUGUUCAAAUCAGAACAUCUAGAAAGGCCCUCCAGCUUGAAAGAUUUGAGAACAACCUGCUGGACUACGAGAGAGAACUGGUCAACAUAGAGAAAAUCCUUGAAAAACAGGCGGCCGACUACGAAAGAGCCAUCGGUCAACUGCGAGAGCAGUUUGUUGUCGCCGUCGAAGAGAGAGCCCGGGAAGUUGCUCAGAACGGCAAAAAGAUCGGGAAAGUCCCUGAAGAACUUUACAAGAAUAGAUACUACUACCGUGAUACGCUUCCGCAGAAGCCUGCAUACCACUGGCAGACCAAGUACCGCUGA